AUGGCGGCGAGAAAUGCGAUAGUGCUCGGAUCGAUCCCAUCGAUGGACGCGAGAUCGGUCCGAACGAACGGUCUCGGAACCUCCUCCUCCUCCUCCUCCUCGUCUUUCUCUUCCUCGUCCAAGUUCUCUCACGAGCACCUCAAUCAUCAUCACGGCAAGCAAAGUUUUCGUCCUUCCUCCUCCCGGGCGGGACGAUUCGUGAAAAACACCGUGACUAAGAGCAAGAGCAACGUCGCCGUCUUCGCGAUAAUUUCUCCGGUCGGCUCGCAAGGAUUGAGCGGAGGAGGAGGAGGACAAGGAGACGCACAAAAAAUGCUUCUCGCAGACGACGAGCUCGGCAUCAAGAGCAUGUACGCUUUGAACUCGAAACUCAAAACGAGGGAGGUUUUUGGUGAGCACGAAUUCGUGGUCAUGCAGAAGAUCAACACGCCCCACGACGUCGUGGUCAAAGUGACGACGAAUGGAGUCAAAUAUUGCGUCACGAUCGAGACGACUCUCGACUGUAAGAAGGGUAACGAAUCACUUUUCUUGCACUGGGGAGUUGCUCGAGAUCCAAACCAAUUGCACGCGUUUAAUGAACCGCCCAUAGAACUUCAACCAGAGAACACGCGUCCGUUCAAUUCAGACGCCUGUCAAACUCUGUUUAAAUCAAGGAAUACUCGGGAUCGGUUGAGAACAAAGGUGGGAGGAUCGAUUGAGAUUUCUGGAGAUAUAUCUGACGCGGCGCACGCCAUCAACUUUGUGAUCAGAGACGAGAAUUCAGAUCAGUGGUUUAAGCCACAAAACGGAGAAUCGUUCCACGUGAAAAUCCCGACUCCACCUCCUCCAAAUAUUGAAGUAAACGAAAAAAUCGUUGAAGAAGAGAUUGAUGUCGAAGAAAUGGAGGAAAUUGAAGUUGAGAUCGAAGAUGAACCGGCUCCUCCUCCUCCUCCUCCUCUUUCGGUAGCGACAACGGCAAAAGUGGACGCAAGUGCUAUACAUUCUUCGGAGGUUGUCAGUGCAGGUGAUUUGUUCAAGAGAAUAAUGGAGCGAGAAGCCGAAAAAAGAAGAAAAGCAAAAACUGCUGCUCGCUUUGGUUCGAUAGAUUUCAGCAGCAAUGUAACAUCUAAUCGCUCUAUGGAUAGCUCAAAUUCGGCAACGGCGACGAAAAACAGGACCUUUAUGCGCGACGGUAGAAAAUACGAGAAGAAGAUGGUGCCAAGGAUAGUAAAAACAAAAGUGCGAAAGCGUGUUAAGACUGAAAUUCAAGUUCCAGUAAAGCUAGUUGAAGGACCUUGGAUUGACUAUGGAGGCUCAAAUUCAAUAAUAUUUCUGGAAUCUGAAAAUGCGUAUCGCAUUGGUGCCUUGGUAGAGGGCAAUUCUUUGUCCGCAUUUGAGAGAAAGAACGGUGCAGUGACGUGCAGAAUUGAAACGAAUAUCCCAGAUGAUGUGCACUUGCAUUGGGGUAUCGUUCCACGCGGUGGAAGAUCUGAUUUAUGGACAGCUCCACCAGAAGCAAUGCGUCCUCCUGAAACGAAAUCACACGACGAUCAGGCAGUACAGACGCCGUUGAAAAGCGUAACGCAUCCUUUGCUUGGCUCUCAUAAUUUUAUUGAGCUUGAUUUAAAUGUUGUUUCAAUUUCACAAGUGCGAUUUUGUCUCGUAGGAAAGAACAAUACUUGGUUUGAUAACUCUGGUCAGGGCUAUUCAAUUCAGCUUCCAGAACUUCAAAAGUCAGAAUCAAAGUUAACUCCGAAGCAGAUGCAAGAAAGCGUGUCGAAGAAGAUCGAAGAGACUGAGCAAAAAACUCUGUUGUGUAUGGAAGCUGCCGAAGAUACUAGAGAAUCGGCGGAAAAGGCCUUCAACGCAUAUAUUUCUGCGCUCUCGAAAAUUUCGGCAGCCAGGGAUGCGAGUGGAUUAGUUCAGCUUCGAACUUUGGUUGAUGAAGUGGGAGAAAAAUAUCUUGAAUUGGUCCGAACUGUUGGAUUAGCGUCUAGUAUAGCCCAAGCUGCGGCGGAUGAUUUGCAAAUUUCAUAUGAGGAACAAAUGGAUAUGUUUGGUACAACGGAGGUUUUCUAUGCUUCGGCUUUCGCGAGUUUGGCUGUUCCUGAAAAUGAAGUAUUGAAUGAAAGCUCCGUCCGAGUGUGGUACGACGGAGUCAUCGAUGCCAUUUCGAAGGCUGAAAAGAAAGCUGAAGCCGUUCAGCGCGGUCUGAUAUCGUUGAAGAAAGAUCUCGAGUUGCAAGUUGAAACCGAGAAAGCAGAGGUGCAAAAGAACGAAGCAGACGAGAAGAUGAGAAUGCUAAAGCGUCAAGCGGAAGCUGCGCGUACAAGAGCGAAAGAUAUUGACAUUGUGAAGCUCGGUUUACAACAGAAAGCGACUACGGAGAAGAAGAAAGGGACCGGCGGUCGCGAAAUUUUACUUCAAGGAUUUCACUGGGACUCCACGAGAGUCAAAGGCGCUACUGAAUCUUGGUAUGCGCGUAUUCACUCACUUCUUCCGAAAAUCAAAGAAUAUGGUUUCAAUACGGUGUGGCUUCCGCCACCUACUGACUCAGUAUCAGACGAAGGCUAUAUGCCGAGGGAUUUAUACACGCUUGAUUCUAAAUAUGGUACUGAGAUAGAGUUGCGAGACCUCGUGAAGGCCUUUCAUGACGUUAACAUCAUUGUACUCGGCGACGCAGUAUUAAAUCAUAGAUGCGCACAUGCCCAAGGUUCGAACGGUUUGUGGAAUAAAUUUGGGGGCAAGUUAGACUGGGAUGAGCGCGCUAUUGUUUGUAAUGAUCCAAACUUCGGUGGUAAGGGAAAUCGCGGAGAAGGGGAAUGCAUUCACUGUGCCCCUAACAUUGAUCACUCGCAAGAUUUUGUUAAAAAGGAUGUCACAGAAUGGCUUCAAUUUAUGAGACGCGAAAUUGGUUUUGAUGGUUGGCGUUUAGACUAUGUGAAAGGUUUCAGUGGAAGACACGUGAGCGACUACAUUGAAGGAACGGAACCAGAAUUUUCUGUUGGGGAAUACUGGGACUCUUUGAGCUACCAAGACGACGGGAAGCCAUGCCAUCCACAGGACGAGCACAGAGGUAGAAUUAUAAAAUGGAUUGAAGCAGCAGAUCCAGCUAGAAAGAAGGGAGCAACGACCGGGUCAACUGGACAGACCAACCCAGGUGCUUUCGAUGUAACUCUUAAAGGUAUAUUGCAUGCUGUCAUGGAAUAUGGAGAAUAUUGGAGGUUAUCGCACGACGGAAAACCAUCUGGUCUUCUUGGAUGGUGGUCCAGUCGAGCUGUCACAUUUAUCGAAAAUCACGACACUGGAAGUACUCAAGGACAUUGGAGGUUUCCUUCUGGAACUGAGAUGCAAGGAUAUGCUUACAUCUUGACUCAUCCAGGAACUCCUUGCGUGUUUUGGGAUCACAUAUUCGAGGAUGGUUGGAGCCACUUACACAAACCGAUUCGAGAUUUAUUAGCCAUACGUAAGGAGAUGGAUAUUCAUUACAAGUCAGACGUCGAAAUAGUUCCAUUACCACAUGGUACAAGAGCCUACGCCGCGAAGAUUGACGACUGCUUGUACAUGAAAAUUGGUCCAGAUGACUGGUCUCCUCCGACCUCGGCCGGAACUAUCUGGGACGUUGCAACUUUUGGAGAAAAUUAUUGCGUAUGGGUAAAGAAAGGGAGCGAGGGAUCCUCAGGACCUAGAUGA